CAGACGUGAUAUAAUCCAAGUAUCCAUCGUGUUAUUUCCAUCGUCAUCCUAUUCAUCUUCAUAGAAGAUAUACAGAUUCACUGAUCAAAAUGCAGCCUCCUCGAAGACGAGCCCUAUCUCUACAACCCACCGUCCCUUCCCACAACCAAGUCUCCUCCUUACAAGGCUACCACUGGGAAUCCGACAGUAGAUCUACCAGUACAUCCUAGGCGGCAAAGUGACACACUUCAAGAAAGUUCCUGGAGAGAAACUAGAACAUGGUGUGUGUUCCGAUCUGAGAACAAGGCCAUCGCAUGGUUGUUUCAGAUAAUGGAUGGUGUUUCUGCAAUUGGAACUACAGAGUAAAAAGCAGCAUAUUAAACGGAUUCAAUUGCUUCUAACGUAUCGACAAAUCUACUCAGAAGGUAUCAACAUCCUCUAUUCACAACACACCAUCAACCUCCAACCACACACCUUUGAACACUUCAACACCCUAGCAGAAAUACAAAACGUGCUACCCACGCAGCGCUUCCGUGCGAUCCGAUCGAUGGAGAUUAGUUUCUCACAAUCCGCUCCCUAUUUCCAGGAUCUGCGUGAUGCGUUGGUUCCAACAUUGGAGAGCGAUGUGGGAGGUGAUUGCGAUCAUGAGGACUGUUGAAUCUCCAACUCUGGGUCAAUAUCAACCACUCCAACCCAGAAGGACACCUCUCGGAUUUUAUGCCGUCAGUGUAUGAGGCUGAGUUCUUCAAGCCGCUUUGGGGGAUGAUUUGGCUGAGGCAUUUUAAAGUGGACGUUUCUUGGACUGCGAAUGAGGAUUCAGCGGAGUUAUUGAGAGAUGCUCCUUUUGAGUUGACGAGGACUAUAGCUGAGUAUAAGGAUGAGGAUUUUGCUUUGGGAGAGGUUGCAUGUGGAAGUUGGUUUGUUAGAUAGACAGCUAUCAUCUGGAUUUCGAAUACAGGGGUUGUUGUAUAGAACGGGCAUAUUGGAUAGCGUCAAGUUUAUCAAUGUAUGAGCUAUUUUCUUCCCUACAU